GUUCAUGUCACGUGACUAGCAGCGGCACAUCUUAAUGACGUCUGCUGUGUUGUGGUGUGUGAGCAGAAGCCUUUAUUCGGGCCUUUAAUUCAGUCAUUGGAUCAGUACACUGUUAAAAUGAACAAGAACAAAGCCAGCGGAGUGUCCUGGGUGAAACCAGCGGAGCCGUCUUUUCUGAAGAAGUUUAAAAAUGAUGUGGGUUAUAAGGAAGGACCGACAGUUGACACGAAGGUUCGUAUGAGAGAAGCUGCUGAUGUAGCUGUGAGUGUCUGGAUCGGAACCACGUUAAUCCACCUCAGUGGAUGAAAUAUCAGUGUUAGCUGUAAAGUCUCCAGGUGUUUAUACUCCAGACUGCACGUAGAGACAGUCAGUUAACUAAAAUCCUUCACUUCACUCUAACUAGACAGAACCUCCAUCGGUUCAUUUAGACUACACCACACUGCACUGGGAACAUAAUACAGAGUCUGAACAUACACAAACCAGGGCCGGAUCCAAAUACCUGGACUUCUCUGAUGUGGCAUAGGUCCUCGAGAGUCUCCAGCCCCUUUGCAACGCGGAUACAGAUUUGUAUAGCCUUCAUUUUGGUAGUCCACCCCUAGACCACAUUGGACUAGGUCUUGAUCCAAAACCACAAUACCUCGAUUUUUCAGAUCUGCCAGAAAUAGCUCGAGUGAGUCUGCUGUCUCUUUAAUACACAGAUAUAGAUUUUUGCAUUCUUUGAUUUAUUCGUUAAGAAUGCAACUAAAGAGUCAUUUCACCUUUUUCGCCUAUUGGACCGGGUCCUGGUUGGGUUUGCCCUCAUUGAGCAGCCAUGCUACAGGGAUUUUGACUUUGUCAAAGUCACCUGUUCCUAACACACAAAUCUGAAGCUGUGAGCUGCAGUGGUUCUGAGGGGUUUUCUGUGGGACUCUGUUGAAACUACAUUUGAGUUGAGAGUUAAGAAGCUUCACGCUCCAAAAGUAUGUUCUGGAUAAAUGGCUGUAAAUCAAGUGUAAAUAUUUCUCCCCUCUGAUUCUGCCUUCUUGGUCACACCUUUGGUUGAGUAGCAGUAAACCAUUAUCAAGGAGUAGGUAAACGUGGUUAUAAAGUUAAAAUAACUGUGUUUCCAAUGUCAGCGCCAGGCAAUGCCAACUCUGGAUGAUGACAGCGGGAGUGAUCAAGAGGAUGAGCUACCUCAGGUUGUGGUCCUGAAAAGUGGAGACCUGAGCGCAGAUGAGGUGAAGAAGAUCAAGGAAUUACGUGGAGGCACAGACAAAGGUAAGACUGAGGCUUUAGUUUUACACCGAGUUUUCAGACUGACAGACAAAGAUUUCACAUGUACACACAUGCACAUCAAUUGCUGCAUGCCAAAAGUAUCAGUAUGUCCCUAUCUAGUUCCCUUUGCAGAUCCCUAUGUUCCCUAUGUAUGCCUGCAUACCUCUACAAACCUCCAUGAGGUUGAAGCACAAUCAUAAAUGUGAUGUCUGUUUCCAAAGCAUUUAUUUUGUAAGAGCAGCUGCAGUAUGGACUGUAACACAAAGAAAAUGUAUGUGAUUUGAAAUGCAGGUUUGAAGUGUUUUAAUGACUUUCCACAUUUAACUGUCCACAGAUGAUGAACCACCUUCUGAUGGUAAAAUUCUGUUCAAGAAACCAGCCAAGCGCUCCUCCUCAGACAAGUUUCAGGGCAUUACUGCCAGCUCUAGCAAAAAGAAGAAGAGUGAUGGAGGGGAGAAAGAGGAAGAGGAGAAGAAAGAAGUGAAGUCUGGAAAGAAAGUUAAAAAUAACAGCCUUCUGUCAUUUGGAGGAGAUGAGGAGGAAGAGGACGACGAUUAAAUGUUACCGAAGAAAUGUAAGACUGUCAUUAGCUCUGAGACUGAGAGGAUUCAAAGUAAUGUUUAAACAUUAUUGGUAAAGUUAUUAUAAAAUAUUUACAAGUAAGAACCAACAUGUUGGACUGUAUACUGUCCAGAGUUCAUCUCAUUGUGCAGCACCUCCACUCUGCAGUUCAUUUAAAAGGACAGUUCAGUAUUUUUACCUAUUUCGUAGCCCAUUAACUACAAACAGGUUUGUUCUUUAUGUUGCUGAUGAAAGUUUCUCCAAUUCAUUUUACUGCAAAAUUAACUUGUUUAGAUUCAUAUUGGUUUUACAGUUUCCACUAUGUUUGUUGAGCAGCACAGGAACAAUUUUCAGCUCAAUAUAGUGAUUUAAAUUGAUAUUCUGCUGAGCAGAAACAACCAGGGCUGAGCAGACUGAGGGAAAUGUGUGUUUUCUGACCAUUACUGUUGUCUGGAUCAAAAUUUACAAACUUCCUAGAACCAAUCUUUAGGCCUAGGUUUGAUGUGACACAGGUAUAUAACCCAAGUAGUGUGGUGGUGAUUCUUCAAACAACCUUUGAUCAAGUACAAACAGUACCUACCAGUAAGCAGAGACCAAAUUCACCUACUAUCCCUACCAUAAUGAAACUUUCCCUUAAGUGUAGUUACCUUAUCUGUUUUUACAGCAGAAUCAAGUAUUGAAAAUUUGUAGUGAAUAGGUUAGAAAUAGAAAAUCACCAGUGUAAAUGAAGUAUCUCUCCUUUUACACUUUCAGAUGUAAUCAGAUUAAAAAGUUCUUUUUAAGAGUUCUGCAAAGACAAACUGUAAAAGGCUCAAGCUGAACUCGUGUUGCCUAAAGGUGCUUUUCAGAUCUUUAAGUUUGUUUCAGAGCAAACUAUGCAAUGUAAUGUAAUACACAUAAAUCAGGCAACACCAGGUCAAACAAGGGAUUAAUUGCAGUAUAUUGUCUGACAUGUAACUUCACACCAAGGCACUUGAGUUAACUUUUUCACCAUGAAAAAAGUUACUUUUCUCCAUUGACCUGCAUGUUGAUGAACUGUUUUCAGUUACAGACUUUAAACUACUGGUCUUCCUGGGUCCUUGGUGCCUCCCAUUGUAGGGAACAAUAAAGCAAUACUCAAAAACAGCUGUUUAUGUCACAGUUGCGGGUCCCAGAGGAUGUCUUCACAUUACCACAGAAGAGUCCUGCUGUGAGCUUUUAUUGAAAAUACUCCUCAUUUGCGUCUCAUGCAUAUUAAGAUCCUUUUGUUUAAGUCAACUUUGAUUCCUUCCUGUAAUGUUAUCAGAUCUGUAAUUAUGUUUUCAAGUAAUGUGGAGGUGUUUAUCAUAGAAUUUUUAAUACAUUCAACUGAACAUUGGAUGUAUGAAUAUAUUCUAGCUUCGACUAAGGAGCUGAGCAUUUAUGUGAAAAACAAUGCAUUCUUCUUAAUGCAGUUGUAUUGUUUUUAAACUGUGAUUCUUUUUAUUUUGUGUAUUUUUAGAGAGUGUUUGUGGCUGUGACAUUUGAAAUAUAAAACAUUAAACUGUUCAUCAUCCUGUCUUGGGACAUCAUGUUUCAGGUCAGCAUUGUGGUUGAGUCAGACUGA